AUGCUUCAGAAGGGAAGUCUGCUUGCCAUUGACAAUUAUGUGUUGAUGGUUGCGCUCAGGUUCUUUCGAAGCUUUAUGAAAAAGCACAGGAUAUGGCCAACCCACUGGACCGCCAUGAACUCAAUUUUUCUCUUCCUACUCCAGAUCUCGGUUCUUUCCUCUGCUCUUGCCUCCUUCAGCGACUUUGGCAUCCCCAAGUCAAACGCGACUGUGGACGUCCGGGCGUUCGAUGUGGGAACCGCAACGCUCACCAACGAGACACACACGUUCUUCCGACCUAUCCUCCCGGGACACGAAUCGCUGGUGAUUCCGCUCUUUGCGUUUCUCGUCGAACACAAGCGGUCGGGCAAGCGUGUCAUGUUCGAUCUCGGGAUGCGCAGUGAUCCGCAGAAUUUCGCCCCAAGCAUCAAACAAUUUUUCACGGGCGGUGUGAUGCGCAUUUACGAGUCUAAGGACAUCACGGGACUCCUCGAGGCAGGGGGGAUAUCGCCCUCGAGUAUCGAGGCUGUUGUUUGGAGUCAUGCACAUUUCGAUCACAUUGGAGACAUGUCGAAAUUCCCGCGAGGCACUCGUCUUGUCAUUGGCUCGGAGACGAUCACAGAAACAUAUCCAACAUUUGCCAAUGCGACUCUCUUGCCUUCCGACUUUGCUGGACGCAAUGUCACGAAAAUAAACUUCAAAGCGGCCAAGCUGAUCUUCGCUGGUAUGAACGCGGUUGACUAUUUUGGAGACAGCAGCUUCUAUCUGCUGGACGCACCAGGGCAUAUGCGGGGACAUCUGAUUGCUCUCGCACGCGUUACCCCGUCCUCGUUCGUCGUUCUCGGUGGCGACGCUUUCCAUCAUCCUGGGGAACUCCGGCCGAGACCGGCGUUGUACGACAAGUACCCGUGCCCCGCGCAUCUGCUCACGCAGACCAAAACCGCUAUCUCCACAGACUAUUUCUGGUCACCGGAUUCAUCGGCGGGCAGCUUCGACCUCGCGUCUCGCGGCCAGCCGUUCCUCACUAUAUCUGAUACGUCCGACUCAUUUUACGCCGACCCCACCCUAUCCCAGGUCUCCCUGGACAAAAUAGCGGACUUUGAUGCUGAUCCAGACUUCUUCAUUGUUAUUGCCCAUGAUCUCAGCAUGAGAGACUUUCUACCGCUAUUUCCCGCAUCUAUCAACACUUGGAAGCAGGACAAGCUGAAGGAUCGAGCGCUGGCAAUCACAGAUCGGAUCACAUCCGCGACCGAGGCAGCAUCUUUUGCACCGCCAGAGUUUUCGUGCACGCGCCCGCAGAAGAUGCCCGACAUCCCAGUGGGCACCCAGAUCUUCGAUUUGGUCUUCCACCCCAGUCAAUCGACGGUGUACACCGCCCUGCUGACGGGCCAUGUCAAGGCGUACGAAUACGACAGCGCAGGGGGACACCGGCAAACGUUCGCGGUGCGCCCAUCGAAGCGCUCCUGCCGGACGCUGACGGUCAACGAAGACGGCUCGCGCGUGUACGCAGGGGGGAAGGCCAAGUCCAUCUUCACGGUGGAUACGACGACGGGGGGAGUGGUAGAGACGCGUGCAGCAGCACAUGAAGACUCCAUCAACCGCGUCAAGCAUGUUACGCCGUGGCUAGUGGCGAGCGGAGACGACGCAGGCGUCAUCAAGCUUUGGGACCCCCGUCAACAAAACUGCAUCCGCACGCACAAGCAACACUUUGACUACAUUUCCGACUUCUUGUGGCUUCCCGACAAGCAGCACCUGCUAGCGACCAGUGGUGACGGGACGCUCUCUGUGAUGGACGUGCGAUCCAAAAAGGCUGAGGCCUUCGCUCAGUCAGAGGACCAAGAAGACGAAUUGCUCUGCGCGACGACAAUCAAGGGGUACGUCGUGGGCACCCAGCUGGGCAUCCUCUCCAUCUUCAACCGCUCCAGUGGAUACGGGGACUGUGUGGACCGUGUACCAGGGCACCCCGCGUCGAUCGACACGAUCACCGCACUUCCACCCGACUUUGUUGCGGCGUCCAGCAGCGCAGGGAUGGAAAACACGGUGCUCACCGGGUCCUCCGACGGGCUCGUCCGUGCCGUGCAAGUGCUGCCGACGAAACUUGUUGGUGUCGUCGCAGACCAUGGCGAGUUGCCUGUCGAACGAUUGGCGAUCGGAUUUGGCGGUGUUGCGCUGAGUGUGGACAGUGAUGCCGACGAGGACGACGUAGACGGUGGCGGCAACAGUAGCGGUCAGAAGGUCGGGAGUAAAGGGAAGCAAAAGGCGCAGGAGGACGAUGACGAAGAAGGAUCAUCGACACAACGACCUGGAAGGUGGUGGGUCGGCAGUGUGGGCCACGACGAAGUCCUCCGGCUCACAGAUCUCGAUGCCUUCUUCCAGCAUCCUGCCCAAGGCGAAGAUGAGGAGGAGAGCGAAGAGGGUGAGGCCUCUGACGCGGGUUCAGACGGCGCUAGUGACGAGGGUCAUGAAGCGGAAGAACAGGCCCCAGAGGAUGACGCAGAUUCCGAUGACUCUGACGACGCUCCGACAAGCGACCGAAAGCGCAAGCGCAAACAGAAGGUGCAAGAUCCUUUACAAGCUACGCGGCGAAAAAAGGGUCGGAAUGAAUUGGACGUGGAAGACGGAGGGUUUUUCGAUGGCCUUUGAGCAGCAGGUGUACGAGCUGGUGCAUGUGACAAGCAACGCGCAGUACCAGGGACGCCGAGGACUUCGCCAGCAAAUACAUGCAGUGUUGUUUCAGGGAUCUAUCUGGUCCCAGUCGUAUGGUCGCGAGGUGUCGGCUGAGUUGCAGACGAUGUCCCCUAAUCUAAGCUUACCGAACUUGGCAUCUCCCCCCGCUAGAUGUGGGACCGGCGCCCCACGCCCAGCAACGAUGACAGUAUGUCGGGGAGACUAUUCUUAUCCUGACAUGAUGCGCGCUGAAUCCUGAGAAUCGCCGUGCGAGCGAUAUCUCGUCUGGUGAUCAACGACAGAAAUCGGGACGCAAUCAAAGUGUGCGAGACUGAGUGUGCGAGACUGAAUCGGCGGUGUUGCACCAGCAAGACCCCUCGGCGCUGAUACGGGAUCUGUGGCUCGCCCAGGCUGAUUCGUACAUACAGCGUGUGUGAAAGAAGCUUGGGACGAAUACAAAAACGCGUUGCGACUUGACGUCCGAGUCGUGGGGCUGUCUCGCACGGACACGCAGAUGCAUAGAAGCAGGCCAGAGGGUAACCACUGCCCAGGGUUCGAUCAGUCCUCCACGACCCCCAAGCAGCGUUGCCAGGCUUCGAUUCGAACAAGAUCUGGAGGUGAAAGAUAGCGCAUUCCGUGGGACGCGUACUAUAGAUAUCCCGAUCUUUGUGCCCGAAAUGAGCAUUAGUCGCAGCACAUUGCCCCUAACAUCCUGGGACGCGUGCAGAGAGCAAAACGAGGUACAGGCAGAGCGGCAUUCCCCUCAGAGGUCGUCGUGCGUUUGGUCGUGAUGAGGACGCGCCACAGGGCCCGCUGCGCACGGCGCAGUCUGUGCGGCGAUCAAGGGAUGAUUUGCAUGUGAUUGAUCGGAGCUCAGCGGCGUGCCAGCGGACUUUGACAGUGGCCCUGCGCUUCCUACACUGUAACGCGCACGUCGACGACCAUCCAUAUCGAUUCAACGCUUGCUUUCUAUGAUCGUCUCCAGAUCGGCUCUCGGGCUAGGCACACGCCGGAGCCGCGUUUCCGCUCGUUUUCUGUCCAGCAGGGCGUCCAACAUCCUCGCGGCGCUCGACAUCACCACGAGCGGGGAAGUCCACGGCGUGUACGACGGAGAAUGGAAGGGCACCGGGGACGUCGUGGAAAGCGUCUGCCCCACGACUGGAGAGGUUCUGGCACGCGUCAAAACUGCUUCGCCAAUUGAAUUGCACACCGCGCUGGAGAAGUCCAGAGAGGCCUUCGAGUAUUUUCGCAAUGUUCCGGCUCCUCGUCGCGGAGAGAUUCUGAGGCAAAUCAGAGAGGCUCUUGCGUCCAAAAGAACGGAGCUGGGUGCAUUGAUCUCGCUUGAGAUGGGGAAAAUCAAAACGGAAGGUGUUGGAGAAGUCCAAGAGUUUGUGGAUAUUUGUGAUUAUGCCGUAGGCCUUUCUCGUAUGAUGAAUGGCCGUGUGGUCGCAUCGGAACGUCCAGGACACUCCAUUUUGGAAGUCCCCAAUCCGCUCGGGGUCGUCGGGGUGCUGAGCGCGUUCAACUUCCCGGUCGCCGUCUAUGGCUGGAAUCUGUCACUUUCGCUGGCAGCUGGUAACGCGACUAUCUGGAAACCCUCGCCGUCCACUCCACUCUGCGCCAUUGCUGUCACCAAGAUAAUCAGUGGCGUCCUUGAGGCCAACAACGUCCCUGGGGCAGUUGCGGGUCUCAUCACAGGCGACAAGGAUGCCGGCGAAGCGAUCACUCAGAGCCGCAGCGUUGAUCUUGUCUCAUUCACUGGUAGCGAGCACGUGGGCCGCAUCGUCGGCAAGACUGUGCAAUCGCGUUUCGGUAAGCUGAUUCUGGAGCUUGGAGGGAACAACGCCGCAAUCGUAAUGCCUGAUGCGGAUCUAAAAAUGGCCAUUCCAUCAGUAUUUUUCGGAGCAAUCGGGACUGCUGGCCAACGCUGCACGUCCACUCGUCGGCUGUAUCUGCACCGCAAGGUCGCUGACGAGUUUUUGGAGCGUUUGGGAAAAGUGUACUCUUCUGUCAAGCCUGGUGAUCCUCUGGACGAUGCGACGCUCCUCGGUCCCCUGCACACGGCUUCUGCUGUGGGAAUGUUUGAAAAGACAAUUGAUUAUCUCCACGACACAGAUGCGGACAUUAUCACGGGCGGAAGGGUAUACUCCUCGGACCGCCAACCGAUGGGAUGCGAUGGCAACUUCGUGCAGCCCACCCUAGCCGUGCCGAAGGAUGCAGAUCACUCUGAUAUCUUGUGGCAAACGGAGUGUUUCGCGCCGAUUUUGAAUUGCGCGGUGUUUGAUGAACUGGAAGAAGCCAUCCAGUGGAACAACGCGGUACCCCAGGGUUUGUCCUCGAGCUUAUGGACGCGUGACAUGAGGAAUGUGGGAACAUGGAUUGGGCCCCGCGGGUCUGAUGCUGGAAUUGUGAAUGUGAACGUCGGUACGAGCGGUGCCGAAAUUGGCGCAGCUUUCGGUGGAAACAAGGUAUGGACCGGGGUCGUGAAUCUGGCGGUGACGCCUGGAAGCAAUACGUCCGGUGGUCUGCGUGCACAAUCAAUUUCUCGGAUGCUGCUCCCUUAGCGCAGGGCGUGGACUUCAGUGUUUGAAAUGGGAAUGAAUUGGACGACUGUACUGCGACAACAACGCAGUUGAUGGGAUCACGGAAUCAAAUUGAUCAGCAUUAGCCUAGCGAUUCCCCUUUCAGCAUGAUUUUUUGAUACUCGCAACGUGCAUGUCCUGGGUCCUCUGUGUCUGGUCGAUAGCACUGCCUUUUCCCCCUCGAACAAGCCUAAACACGCGACCAUAGAUGCAGUCCGUGAGAGCAGUGAUGUGCUUCCCAGACAACCACGGCAUGCACAUGUUCUCGUCGACAUGUCGCCAAUUCUGAUCUGAUCGAUUCGCGUAUGCCCGAUCGGGAACCUCAGAUCAUUCGACGUCCCAGCGAAACACCAGAUAGGCUUUUAAUCCCGGUGGAGCACCAGGCGUCACUGAAGUUCCUGCCCAGUCUUUGUUCCUCAAACACUCCUCGUGCUUUCCCCACUCUGCGCACAUCGCCGCAACCCAUCAUCCCUCCAUGGCUGCUCAUGCAGACGACCUGCCCUGGCCCGAACUGGGCAACGUUUCCCGCGGCGCGACGCGCGGCAACCAGGGCCAAAAAGGUGUCCUGGGACCGCCCGAUCGCGAGGGCCGCUGUGUGCUCCAGCUGCGCGUCCAGCCCGGGGUGCUCGCGGUGCGCCUGAACCGCCAAGCCAGCGACUGGUACCGCAUCCUCGACAACGAAGUCAAUCGCGCGCUCAAGCUCACGAAGACGUUCUGGCGCAAGGCCCGGCGGCGCCAGGACUACGAUCCGCGCGCGGACCAGGACCACAUGGAGCUGCACGAGUGGCUCCAGCAGCUCAAGGACAAGACGAUGUCGCAUCUCGAGCUGCUGAUGCAGAAGGGGGACAUCCUUGGCCCCCCGUACACGAUGCCCGAUGACGUCGAGCUGACGUUCCUGCGCAAGUUCGUCGAACGAGAGGCGGCGGGGAUAGCCCAUAAUCCGCGGCUGCGGAACGGCGGCGCGCCGCCCGGCGGGGAGCACGGCGCAGGGCCCAGUGGGUACCCAUCUAUGCGCGGCGAGCCGACCUCCGCCGGCUCUUUGUCCCCGGAACCAUCGGAGCGCGUCUACAUGGACUCGAAGGGACACACUGGGCUCGAUCACCUGUCCGAAGCCCGUAAUUCGGGAUCGCCAUCCCUUCGCAACGCGGAGUCGUUAUCUCACGAGGCGGCAGCAUCGAAACAGGCACUCCAGAGUUGUCGCGCCGCGUUCGCCCGGGCGCAGAAAGAGACGCAGGAGGCGUUCAUCCGCUACCAGGCCUGCCUGAGCGCCGAAAACCAGGCGGGGAACGCCGUUGCCGCUGCAGAGAAACGCCGGGACAAUUGCAUGGGUGCUCUUCUGUCUCUGAACCAAACUGUCGACAGCAUGUCUAGGCACUCUUCAGUUUCCGGCGACGAACCCAGCCCCAGAUACGAUGACUUCCGCGGCGCAGACAACAUGUCGAUGCGGGCCAUACCAAACACGAAGCCCAUGGCCUGGUCGGAUGUUUACGGAGAGCCUCAGACGCACCUGGAUGACCCGCACAAGCCCAGAAAACGAACGUGGGAGCACAGCCAGCAGCAGCUGCAGGGCGGGUACCACAGCGAUGCCGAUUACCCGCCGCCUAGGGCAACCGAGGUGUACGACAGCGGUGCUUAUGGAUGCCAGGACAUGGCUGGCCUGCCCCCGCCCAGAAAACGCGUGCAUCACAUGAUGCCCAACUUUGACGUCUUGGGCAGCGCGGCCAUGCAGCCCAAUGGCAUGACGCUGCCCUCAUAGCCUGCGCCCGCCGGCAUGUAAAGCUAUUUCUGUUCCCCCGCGCAUUGUAUGUAGUUUAUACCCUCCCUGCCUUGCUCUGUCCCUUGUAGCAGCUCCCACGACUUAUAUCCUUUACACAUGAGCUAGUUUGUGCCCCCACCCGCCCCGUAACAUAGAUGUAUUUCCGACAGCUUAGUCGUACCGUAACAUUAUCAUCCGAUGUAUCCUUCGUACAUGUGUGUGCUACCCCACCCCAAUUUUAG